CUGAUGAAACUAUACGGACCGGACCCAGCGAGCACAAUAGACUGUUGUUGAGAGGUUAUCAAGAGGAGGAUGAAUUAGUGUUGGAUUUAAAAUGCCGCUUCUCUACAAAUUUGUCGACUGUGAUAUUCGACCAAAACUGUAUCCUGUCAUCGAUUUUUCGUGUCGGCUAGACAAUGUGGUCAACGUUGACAAAGAUGUUAUUUCUUUAAUCGAAGCUGUCAAAUCCAACGAAGUGGAACAAGUGCGAAACUACAUAGAAGUCAUUAAACAGAACAAAGCAGACAUCCGAAGUGUUUUGAAUGGAGCAAAUGAUAAACACGAAACAGCUUUGUGUUCGGCUGUUAUCAAGAAAAAUCUGGACAUUUGCAAACUGCUUAUCAACAAUGGCUGUGAUGUAGAUCAACAAGCCAAGAUUCCUCCGUUUUACCCUCGACUGUCUCCAAUCAGUCAAGCUGUCAUUCAAAACUCUUUCAACAUAGUCAAGCUUCUGCUAAGUCAUGACUGCCAGAAAGACAAAGUGGAUGAUUAUGGGAAGUCAGCCAUUAGUUAUGCUGUCUCCAAUAAUCAUGUUGCUAUGGUGGUUUUCCUUCUGGAGUCUGGAUGUAGCAUCAACAGUUUCAUCCCAGAGUCUGGAUACUCCCUACUUCAUGAUGCCUGCUCCAAAGAAAACCUGGAAACUGUAAAGAUUCUGCUGAAGUGGAGAGCUGACCCAAAUGCCCUUGAGAUGAAAGAUCGCACAUCACCAGGAUUUUUCACAAACAAAAUAGAAAUUCACCAGCAGUUGAUUGAUUAUGGAUGUGACAUCAAUGCCACCAGUCGAUCAGGUGACACUGUCUUACACAUGGCUAUCAUACACGGAAAUGUGCAGCUUGUUGAAUUCCUCCUGAACCAUGGUGCUCUGAUGAAUGCUAAGCAAGCUAAGUUUUUAUAUUCUACAGAAAAUCUGCUCUGUAAAGUCACUUUCCAGGAUCCACUUGAGCUUGCAGCAGAACAGCAUUUCUUCAAUAUAUGUCAAACUCUUGUACAGCAUGGAUGCGUUACAAAUCAACCUCACUCUGAAAAUAAAGAAUUAUGGUGCCGAUUUCUAAACAGUCGUGACAAUGACUUGCUUAUUACUUUGUUGUAUGAUUAUCUUCCCUUGUCUCCCGGAGACAUUGGUGGGAAAUUAAACCUGAAAAUAGUCUGGCAAGAUAUUAUUGAGCUCAAAGCACUUGUCUGUAAGGAUGCUCCAAGCUUGAAGGCAUCUUGCCGUUUAGUUUUACGAAACCACCUUAAGGAGCAGUGUUUAGGAAAGAGCAUUGGCUGUUCAAUCAAAUGUCUACCUCUGCCUCCACUCUUAAAGGAGUAUUUAAUGCUCAGUGUCCACUGAGGUCUUCUGUAUUAUAACGUUAGAAUUUAUAGAUCUCCAUGGAUAAUAUACUCAGAGAAAUGGAAUUUAUGGGUGAUAUUUAUUAACUGUUAAGUGUUUUAAUAAAUUACUCAAAUACUCUUAGAGAAGUGAUUAUUUCAAUUCCUUUUGCCACUUGUAAGAUUUUAAACAUACAAAAUAACAAAGUUAUUUAUAACCACAAUGAUAACACAUUUUAAUGGUUUUCAGUGGGAGUGUUUCAAUUCAUUUUGCUACUUGUAAGAUUUUAAACAUUGGUACAUCACUACAAAGUAAUAUAUACCGCAGUGUUGGUUUAAUGGUUUCCAGUCUGCUACAGGGUAUAAUAACUCCCGAUAUGUGUUGUAACGCUCCAUUAACCCUGCGGAAAUUACUUUUAUUGGAAAUAUUUUUUGAUGGUUACUUUUGUUAUUUUUGUCAAAAUACAUGAAAUCCAAGUUUGAAGUUGUGGAAAUAAUGAUACACCACAUUCUCCCAACUAACUUAAAUAUCAGCAUAAAUUGUGUGCAUCCUGCCCCGUGGAGAGUUGUUCAGAAAAAAACCUCCCUCUAUGAAGGUUUCAGAAUUCCUCUAGAUUUGUAGAUAUAUGAGAGAGAUUUACAAUACUGAUAACAUUGUCAAAAUGUAGGGUAUCGCUUUGUAUAAUUAACUUUUGUGCUUGCACACUUAAUGUUUUUUAAAAUAUGCGAAUUUGCAUUGCAGUGUAUACAUACAGAUAAGGCCAAACAAAAAAAUAUAUAUUGCAGGUCUCCCAACCUACCGUAGAUUUUACUGCCGAACCCUAUAGAUAUUUGUAAAAUUUGAAAUAAAUCAUGAUAUUAAUUCAGGAAAAUAAAAAAUUAACACUAAAAUAACAUUCCGCCCUACCCUUUUUUUCAGGCAUGUUACCUGAAACAAACUGGAGCGAAAAUAUGGGUUCAAUUUUUACCUGAACCUGGAAACUUGUGCAUUCUUGCGAUGUUUUUAUAGUACUAUUUAUAAAAAAAAAAUCAAUAAAAAUCAAAUUUUGCUUAAAAAACAUAAUUGGAAACAAAAAUUAGUAUAUAAACAUCAAUAAGGAUUAAGAUAUAAAAGUUUACUGAUAUGUACUUGUAUGUUAACAAACUAUAGGCAUUAAUAAUGAGAUGUCAUUUAGUCAGUGUAGCUUCCAAACAAGACACCUACAAAUGUUAAAACCUUUAAAUGUUUGUUAGAAGGUACAUGUAUAACAAUUUACGUUAUAUGUUUAUUGGAUACCAGGGUAUAUGCAUAAAACUUACUGGUCAAUUUUUUUGUUGUCUCCAGUAUUAACCUGUUUUGUACGUACUCGAGGACAGGAUAUAUGUAUUACUGUCAGAUUAGAGUACAUAAUUUACAUAAUGUUAUAUUGAUAUGAUGUAAUGUGCAUACUCUGGUUUUGUGCCAAGAUUGAUGAUAUGAUAUCAACUCUGCAGACUUUUUACCAGGUAAUCAGCUCUGCCCCUUACCCCCUCCUACAAAUACCUAUACAUUUACCAAAAUAUAUCUAAAACUAUUGACUGUGUAUUGCCACCUAAACCAAUGUUGUACCUUGUAAUGCGUUGCAAUCAUUGUGAUAUAUUUCUCAUUUUGAAAUAAUAAAUUGCAUGUUUUAUUACUACCUAUGUUUGCAUACCUAAAGAUGAGCUGUUACAUCCUUGGUGUUUGAAGUUUUGUUAAUGUUGUUCUUGCUUCUGAUGAUUUUGCUGGAAUGUAUCAGAUCUAAAUAUUCAGGAAUUGUUUCUCUCCUUUUGUUUUAAUCUGGCUUUGUCACUUAUGAUUUGUAUUUUUGCAAUGUAUCAAUAAUGGUACAAUAGAGUGUAAACAAAUACCUUGUAAGUCAUGUUUUAAAAUGGAAACUUUAACUGAUUCAGUUAUCUUUGGAUCCAUUAGGGAGGGGCAUUAUUUUUACAAGAUGUCAACAUUUUCAGAAAUUUGUAAGAUGAAAAAAGGUUCUUUAACAGAACUUUGGUCGCAUUAAUUUUGUUUUAAAGAAUUAAGCAGGGUAUAGAUAUGUGUUCUUGACUUUUGUUAGACUUAGAUAUUAAUCAGAAUAGUUAUUGUCAUUACUGAUAUAUACCCAAGAAUUUUCUUUUUAAACUUAUGUGUGUUUCUAUUUCUGGAAAAUAGAGACAAACUGAAUUUGGUCCCGGUGGUGUUUGAAUUCAGAUAAGUUUGAACAAUGUACCGUACUUUAGGAUAUUUUGUUGUAACUCGAAAUUUGGCGUUUUGCUAAAAAAAAAA